GCAAGGGGAUUUUAAAUUAAGAUGUUGCUGCAGAGUGUUUUAAUGGAAUUUCGGCCUAGGCUGCAAUCAGUCAACGUUUUCAUCAUCCUUAAAAAUGACAUAGCGCAAGAAUGCAGACUCAAGUUUGACGAUGAUUAUCUGCAGAUAACGAUUGAUAACGAAGAGGAAAUCAUUGAACUCGAUAACUCGUUCUUGGUUAGUGCAGUGAGUUCGUUGGUGGCAAAACGUAACUUUAUUUCAUUCCGAUCAAUGCUGCAAAGAAGUACAAUGCGAAGAUUCAAAGCGGAAUUACUGUCCAGCAAAUUAUCCAAUUUGAAAGUGAAAUUGAAUGAGUGUAAAUUGAUUAAAGAAGUCCCGUAUCGUUUUUUUUGUAAAAAGUGUUUUAAAACGUUGGGCGAGUGCAACUUUAAAAGGAUUUUGCCUUUGCCAAUGCAUUCUGAACACAAUGAUUGGUAUUGCCAUGCCUCUGAAGACACUCAUAUCAAUUUGAAUCCAUCCACAACGGAUUUCUUCUAUACGAAAACAUUCUUUCACGUGAACUCUAGUUCAUUUAAAGGAACUAUUAAGGGAAACAAAAUUUUGUAUUGUAACAAUUGUGACGAAUGGUUGGGGGAUUACGUUAACAGAGAAACUUCUAAACUGUGGUUCAGCACACUGAAUAUAAUAAAUGAGGAUAACGUAAUACCAUCAGACUCUCUGAGCGAUUGCUUCGCUAUAAUUAAAGAAUGCUUCGCCGAGUUGCCGUUGACUUCUCUGAAGAUCUCACUCAACUGGCAAAAGGAUGAUUCGACAGUCGACUAUUUGCUUCUUUGGGUGUUGGAGAAGAACUUGAGUGUGCAUAUUGUUGGAGAGGGGAAAAAAAACGUUUGCAAAGUGUUGUACAGAUUCGACGAUGAAUUGCAGGACGACUGGGUACAUGAUUCUAUUAAUCAAAAUGUGGCGGUAUCGAAACCAAUGUUUCUAGCAAUAGGGGAACAUCUUCGUAAGAUGGGCGAGUACAUUCCUACGGAAUUUAACAUUUCGAACGGUUUUUAUGUUUCUUAUUUGAGUUUAUACGAUUAUUUAAAAUAA